AGUAGAGGGCCGGACAUACCCCGGUCGGGCAUACACGCAGCCUUUCCUAUACGUUUUCUUGCACUCACUGACUAUAAUUCCGAUAAGUUCGUGUGCAUUGUUAAGACUCAGUGAAUUGUUCGCGUCAUUUGGUAUGGAAACCAGAAUGUACAUAAACAGACACAUUGACAUACCAUGGCUAUUAGAGUCAAUUGUAUUGGCUGAUUACUUAUUGAUUUUUAUAAAUGAGUAUUUAAGGUAUUUUAAAUGAGCUUCAAUGGGGCUGAAAGCUCAUAUGUAACGAUGUUUUUACAAAGCUCAAUUCAUUUGAUUCUAACUAAAUGGUGUCUAAUGUGCGAUCUGUGAAAAUGGAUUUCGAUCUUCUAUUUCCUACUUAUGACAUGAAUAGAUGUUUUAAUAUUUCGAAUAGUAUUUUUUUUAUAAUUUUGACAAUAAAUUUGGGCUAAAGUCUUCAAUAGUGUGUCAUUGAUUUUGCAAACGUUUACGGCAAGUCCAAACUAAAACGCGAGUUUUCUAUAAAGACUUAUUUGCGCUCGCUUUGGAAUUGAAGCAUUUUAUAACAUGCAUUGUUCAUUCCAUCCACAUGUUCAAUCAACACACUUUUUAUCUAUAGCAUUUUAAUAUACAUUUUUUUUUUAGAGCUGAACCGGAGAACCACUCGACCAUGUCCACAAGAUAACAACUAAUAUACACGUUUUCUUUCAGGUUAUUGCGUCUCUCUAACCAAUGCCAAUCCAGACGCUGUUUAUUGUACUUCUAUAAUUUAUGUGUUUUGCUUCAUAAUUGAGUCUGGUUCUGGGCAAAGAGGGCAAAACACAUGUGCGUUAAGCGUUAGUCCUCACAGGCUAAUCAGGGACGACAUUUGCCGCCUAGACUAGACUUUCGUUUAAAAGAAACUACAUUGUCCAUAAAAGUGUUUUCCCUGAUUUGUCUGUUCAAACUACACAGGCUAAUCUGGGACCACACUUAACGCACAUUUAUUAAGCCACGUUUUCACGGAAUAAGGCUAAUUUUUUUCCGCUAUUCUGUCACAACAGAUGGGUGACGACAAACCAAAGAAGAAAUUCUCUAAGAAGCAGCUGCGUGCCGGCCAUGGAUUCAUUCACCAAAUGGCGGCAACCAACAAUUACGCCUCUCAGAAAGGCAUGUCGGCGUUCGGCGCCGUUCGCCACGGAAAGGACAUUAGUGCCGACAAUAUGGAUAACCGCAGUCAGGGCGUCCUCACGAAGGUCGCCGCCACACACAUCUAUGCCUCCCAGAAAGGCAUGAGCGCUUUCGGUGCCGUAAGACACGGGAAAGACAUCAGCGCCGACGACGCCGACCAGCGCGGGCAGGGCGUGCUAACCAAGGUGGCCCAGACAAACAUUUUCGCUUCACAAUCCGGUAUGACCGCUUUCGGCGCCGUUCGCCACGGUAAGGACAUCAAGGCCGACCAAGCCGACCAGAGAAGCCAUGGCGUCCUCACUAAAGUGGCCGAGACCAACAUCUUCGCCUCACAGAAAGGCAUGUCCGCUUUCGGCGCAGUACGUCACGGUAAAGACAUCAAGGCGGAAGACAUGGAUUCCCGCAGCCAGGGUGUUUUGACCAAAGUCGCUCAAACCAACAUUUUUGCUUCCCAGAAGGGCAUGACGUCAUUUGGCGCCGUUCGUCACUGCGGCGACAUUAAGGUGACGGAACUCUACAACGAGGGGGAGGACGACGAAUAUCCCGAGGACAAGGAUGUACCCAAGCCCGUCAUAUCGGAGAGCCAGCGCCGCCGGGAGGCCCGACAGAACGGAGGAGAUGCAGCCCCGGCGCCGGCUCCCAAGCCUGAGCCGGUCGUUGUUAAAAAGGAGAAAACGCCUGAACCACAGCCGGAACCAGAACCCGAGCCGGAACCCGUUUACGAAGACACCUCCGCUAACGACGGCGACGAUGGUGGAUUCUCUUGGUAGAAAUUUAAACAACGAGAAAGACACUUUUUUUAAUAUUCAAAUUAGGUUCAAUUAGAAGGACGCUUUACUUAACUUUAAGGAGAUUCAGAUUAUAUAUACUAGUAACUGCUUUAAUACGAAUUUUGAACAGAAACUGGGAUAAUCAUUGAAACUAGUGUAAACAAAUUAAGAAUCGGGAUUGUCAGUUUUAUUUAACGAGCAUAUCCAUUACUUGUAUAUACUGGCGGCGUAGUUUGUGACGUGAUUUGUCUUAUCCUUCUCGUUUGUGACAUUAUUAUUUAUUGUAAGAUUAUGACCGUAUGCGCUUGUAAUUAUGUGAUUUGGAGCUGAUAAAUCUACUAUAGGGCUGGUAGUAGAAUAAUUAUUUUUAAAUUAGAUUUGAGUGGGCGUAAAUUUAAUUCAAAAUAGGAAAUCUUACAUUAUUUAAAUAAGUUGUUAUUGCCCUUUAUGAAAUAAAUAAAUCAAAACAAAAAGAACGUUCUGAAGCUUUUGAAGAUGAAAAAAAACGGAAAAAUAGGAUGGCUCAAAACUGUGAAAUGUACGAGAAUAACAAAAUGAGCAGCCAGAUGGAAUCGUAAUAAAUGACUCUGAUAUCAGAAAGGAUUGCACAAACCACUCAGUAUCCCGGAUAUAAGCGCCUGUUAGGAUCCCGUACUUCCAAUCUCCUCGCACCAAUCGUCUUUCUACAGACGUUGCACGCAUCCGGAGCACCUGUUUUACUCCCUUCCUCGGAUACCUAUAGCCUUGUCGCAAUGGUUUUUCAAACUUUGUAUGCAUGAAGUAUGAUGUAACCUUCCUUUUUCAUUUUCAGCCCAGACUUGACCCACAUUGUUUGCAUGUUCCUUAAUUUAAAUAUACUGCUUUUCUUUCAGAUUCCUCCCGAAACGUGGUAUCCUGCAUUUUUGCCGAUUGCACAACAAUGCGAAAAGUCUACCUUCUUCUGAAUGUUAUUUGAAUGUAGUCAAAUGAUUCCAUUGUUCAGUAUUUAUUAUCCCAUUUUCCAUUUUAGUUUCACUUUUCGAUGCCAUGUCCUCCAUCCUCAUUCGCGUUAUAAAGCACCCUAUAUUAGACGCGUCAUGCGAACAUGGGUCUUAUUUCAUAUGAGGCCAGCGUAGCGCUUGACCAGCCUUCCCUGGCCGUUAUUGAGACAUUAAAUGUUUCGUGACUUUAUUGCAUAUGACAUAAGAUCGGUUUUCGCAUGACGCCGCUCAUAUAAAAUCCAAUUAAAUCCAAUAAUACCAAUCACGAGGUAUCCUUGUAUAUCCGGAAAAGUCUUUGGCGCAGUGUGGACAAAAAAUGAAAUUGAAAUAAUAAUUCCAGCAGAAUCGGUGAGUUAUUUUUAAUUACUAAAAUAAAGUUUAUAAAUAAUAUAUGUUUAAAUCACUGUUAUUCAAACAUGUAAUUGAUUCAAAUGUUUAAUGAAAAUUUAUUCCCACUAAUAAUAAUCUGCCAAUAUUGUGAAUCAUUGAUGGGAUAUUUUGGCUUUAAAAGUUGAUAAAUAAAAUUCAUGUUUAACAAAAUUGUAAAAGUGCAAUGUUUGUGCAGUAACUAUAGAAAGCAUUAUUGUGUUGUGAUGUGCUGUUUAUUAGGUCAUUAGUAGUUGAACCAACCGUAGAAAACAGGGAUAUACUUUGUGCGGUGAGAGCAUAAGAAUUCGAACUAGAGUUGGUGUAGUGUAACCUUGUUCCUUCGAAGUCCUUUGCUGUUCCUUUGAAAUGGGUCUGAUAU